CUUUAUAGCAUUUGUUUGCAACUAACGAUUUCAAAUACAUCGUUCGCCUUAUCACUACAAAAGCAUUGCAACAUGAUAAGCAUUAAACGUACCACAAACAAAAAUUUCAUAUCAAAUAUACUCUUCAACGCAAAUGGUCUAACAGAAAAACUGACCUGUUAGGCGAUUUAAGUCUAAAUGGAACGUUGGAUAAAUAAGAUAGCCGUGGUGACGGGUGCCAGUGCAGGAAUUGGAGCUGCCAUUGUCAAAGAUUUAGUUAAUGCCGAUGUACAAGUUGUGGGUCUAGCGAGACGCAAAGAACGUUUAGAAGAAUUGAAAGCAAGUUUACCCAUAGAGCGCCAAUCUCUGUUAAACGUCAUAGAAUGUGAUGUCACCAAUUUGGAAUCCGUGAAUAAGGCUUUUGAUGAAAUCAUAGACAAAUUUGGAGGUGUGGACAUUUUAGUUAACAAUGCAGGUGUUUCAAAAGUUGGGCAAUUGGUUUCCUUGGAUAUUCCUGAUGUGGAAAAGAUUAUGCAGACUAAUGUUAUGGGUGUGGUUUACUGUACACAGCGAGCCUUUAAAUCGAUGAAAGAACGAAAUGUUAAUGGUCAUGUUAUUAUGAUCAACAGUAUUUGUGGUCAUAAAGUAAUUGGUAUCCCUGGUGAAUUGCAAGGAUCAAAUAUGUAUUCUGCAUCCAAGUAUGCGGUCACAGCCAUGACGGAAGUCUAUAGGCAGGAGUUCCAGGGUUUGGGAACAAAAAUCAAAAUUACUAGUAUUAGUCCCGGUUUCGUGGACACUGAAAUGAUAAAGGAUGUCUGGAAAAAAGCCUUGGGUGAACGCAUUCUUCAGUCCCGUGAUAUUAGUAAUGCAGUUUUAUACACGCUUUCAACACCUCCUCAUGUUCAAAUUCAUGAAAUGAUUAUCAAACCUGUGGGGGAAUUCUUUUGAGAUAGGAAACGAAGUGUAAUAAACUAAUUUAAAUAAUAAAAAAAAUAAUUUGUAAUAUUUUUUUAAAUUUGUUUGCCUGCCAUGGGGGAGAAUCUUUUUUCUGUUAAAAAAAAUUAUGCAAUGGGAAAAAUGAAAACCUUAAGGUAUACCAAUUAAUUUCAUAAAAUCUAAUUUCUUAAUUUCAA